ACACGUAGAGAGUAGGUCUAGUGGGUAAUUGCAAAAAGUAUUUCCAGAAAAUGUUAAGAAAAUUAAUGUUGUUUGCCUUGUUGGCUGUAGCGGUCAAUGGUUUGAAUUUGCCAGGUGUGCCGGUGGAUUUUGAUCAAGAUGACGAGACUCUUUCAGCAAUUUCUCAGGACAUUGCCGAUAAAUUCUCCGAGGAAUAUAUUAGAUUCCUAGAAACUGGUGUGGAAUCAUCCAUCUUAAAGCAACUCUCCACCCAAUUGGCCAAAUCGCACAGCAAAAAGGACAUGUUCACCACAAGCAUAGCCGAAUUACAUUCAGCCGAUCAGUUCGUUAUGUGCACCACCUGUCGUGCUGUGGCCAAUGUUGCCGUCGAAACUUUCCGAGCUGAAGACGGUGAAUUGAAUGGCUCCAAUGCUGAAUCGAAUACCAAAAAAAUGGUUUUAGAAUUGUGCAAUCGUUUCCAAAUUCAAACUCCAGAAGUGUGCAAUGGUUUGGUGGACUUGAAUUGGCCAAUUUUGCAUUACAUUAUCAUGAACUCUUUGGCUGACACUCGCUCAUUGUGUGGCACUUUACCCAUAAGAUUCUGUAAAGUUAAACAGGAUAAGUUCAACUGGAGUGUUAAAGUUGACAAGAGCAAGGGUCUUUUAACGGCUCCCAAAUCGAAAGUGCCUCAGAAAACUGAUAACGAUUUGAAUAUUGUGCAAAUUACUGACAUACAUUUUGAUCCCGAUUAUAAGGUAGGUGCUUCGGCGGAGUGUGAAGAACCCUUGUGUUGUCGUUUGAAUCCAGAGGGUGGAGUGUCUGAAUCCGCUAAGGCUGGCUACUGGAGUGAUUAUCGUUAUUGUGAUGCUCCUUUGCAUAUGGUUGAAAAUGCUUUCGAUCAUGUCAUGGAAACACAUGAAAAGAUUGAUUACAUCUAUCAAACUGGUGAUAUUGUGCCACAUAAUGUCUGGACCACCUCUAAAGAAGGCAACAAAGCCAUGUUGACUCAAAUAAAUGAUUUGAUGGCUGAGAAGUUCCCUGACAUACAAAUCUUCCCUUCUGUUGGCAACCAUGAGCCACAUCCUACCAAUGUUUUUGGCAAUGAAGAUGUACCCGCUGAAUUAAAUGUUUACUGGUUGUAUGAACAUUUAUGGAGCAAUUGGCAACGUUGGUUACCCGCCGAAGCUAAAGAAACCGUGUUGAAAGGUGGUUAUUACACUGUCUCUCCCAAACCUGGUUUCCGCAUCAUUUCCUUGAACAACAAUGAUUGUUAUAUAUACAAUUGGUGGAUCUAUUUGGAUGGUAGCGCCACCAGCCAACCUCAAUUAGACUGGUUGCAAGAAACUCUAUUGGCUGCCGAAAAAGCAGGUGAACAUGUGCAUAUUUUGGCUCAUAUUCCUUCUGGAGAAUCUGAUUGCUGGACUGUGUGGGCUCGUGAAUAUAAUCGUAUUAUUGAGCGCUACAGUCAUAUUAUUGGUGGCAUCUUUGGUGGUCAUACUCACAAGGAUGAAAUGAAUUUGCAUUACUCCCAAAACGGUCAUGCCAUGGCUAUUUACUGGAAUGGUGGCAGUUUGACUUCAUACUCUUUCAAGAAUCCCAAUUAUAGAACCUAUGACAUAGAACCUUUAACUUAUCAAGUUGUUGAUCAUCAUACUUGGAUCUUCAAUGUGACUGAGGCCAAUGAACUGGGUGCUCAAGCUACACCCAAAUGGUUUAAGGAAUAUCAAUUUACUGAAUUUACCCAAGAUUUAAGUCCGGCCGGUAUUGAUGCUCUAUUUGAAAAGAUGGCUGCUGAACCGGAAGUAUUGCUGCAGUAUUGGAAAUAUAAAAUGACAUCUGCUACUCCCCAAUUGGAGGCUGGUUGUGAUGAACGUUGCUUGUUAAACACCAUUUGCCAUUUGGUUAGAACUAUCUAUGAUGAACCCGCCAGAUGCAAUGAAUUGAAGGCGAAGUUAAAGGAAUCAUUAAAUUAUUAAAAAUAAUCAAGUUGUGAUAAGAUUUUUUAGAAAUAGUAAUUGUGAAGAAAUAUUUUAAAAUACAAU